GGUAGGCGACGCCUUGGGACCUGCGGGCGGUGACUGUGCCACAGGUGCCGCGCAGGGCACCGCGUCCCCGCUCUGGGCAUCAAAACUCCGGCGCUGGAAAGUCAGGGUUUCGAGCUGCUCCCAACCCUGGACACCGAGGCCCCCGGGCCGGAGAGCGGAGCCCUGGGGUCGCCCGAAGCGCGGGGCCCCGAGCCCCCCAGGUCAGACAGCGAGGUCCCGGGGCCUGCGGCAGAGCAGGACCUCGGGGGCCCCGGGCCUGGAGGCAAGGUCUCCCUGCCCUCCGCAGAGCAGGGCGUGGAGACCCCUGAGCAAGAGAGCCAAGUCCUUGGGGCACCAGCGGGGCUGGACGCGGAACGCCCCGGGCCGUGUGCAGCUGGGGGUUUUGAGAGCCUCGGGCCUGGCAACGACGACCCCGAGGCGUCUGGAAGCGCGAGGGUGCUCAAGCAGUGUCCUCUUCGGGGUCCCGAGACCUCCUCCUCAGGGUCAGGCUCGGAAGCCCUCCUGCAGCGUUUCCUACAGAGCCCCGAGACGCCCCAGCAGGCGCCCGGGGAGCCGCUCAUGGAGACGCCCAUCGAGCGAGAGAUCCGCCGCAGCUGCGAGCGCGAGGAGAGCCUGCGCCGAAGCCGGGGCCUGAGCCCAGGCCGCGCAGGCCGAGAACUCGUCGAGCUGCGUGUGCGGCCGGUGCUCAGCCUGCCGGGUCCCGGCCCCGCGCUCCCGCGCGCUUUGGAGCGCGCGCGGGCGGGCGCGCAGAUGCAGCGAGACAUCGAGCGUGAGGCCCACCGUCAGGCGGCGCUGGCGCGCCCCGCAGCCCCGGAGCCGUGCGCCCGGCCGCCGCCGCAGCCGCUGGGCGAGCUCAAGCGAUUCUUUGAGGCCGCCGGGGGCCGCGGCUCCUCGCCGGCGGCUGAAGGCGGCGCGGGCCCGCGGGGGCUGCCGGAUCCCGGAGGCCGGCCGCGCUUGGCCGUGCCCAGCCGGUGCCCGGUGCUGGCCCGCGCCCCGCCGCGGGUCGCGCCGUCGCUGCUGGAGCAGGAGGUGCGCGAGGUGCUUGAGCGCGAGCGGGAGCUGCAGCGCCAGCGGCUCAGCGUCUACGGCACCGCCGACUUCAAGGAGCCCGCGCCCAGCCUCACGGCGAGCAGGGGCGACGGAAAGCUGGCGGUGAUCUGGCCUCCCCGCAGGAAGUCAUCGGAGAGCGGCCUGGAGCAGGAGGAGCGGAAGCCUUGAGAUGCCAGCAGGCUGGGACCCUCUGCCAGAGGGAACUGGUGGGGGUGCCCAGGAGUGCUCUCGGAAUCCACUGAAGGCCUGGAGGGCCCGCCGUCUGCACGCAGGGGAGGAUCAAAUCGACCAGCCCCCCUUGGACAUGACUUUGUGAAAUUGACCGGUGUCGUCUAUAAAACUGUUAGUCUCCACUGGGAAACACUCUCAAUCGGCGGGCGAAACUGUCCAGCUCCUCGCCGGCUAACCGCAAGCCCAAGUGGCGUCGCCCUCUGGCCUUUACUAUUAGAGGGCCAGGGUCACGCCUGCGCUACCCUCACUCCCCCAAUAAAGCCCCCUCUCUCUGGGCAGUACAGGCUGUUUUCCUCUGGGUCCUCUUCGUCUGGGCUGGGGCAGGAGGGCGCCUGGCGGAGGAAGGCCUGAGAAAGCCCAGGAGGCGCCGACCGGUACCCAGAAUGUGCCUUUUAUCGCCCAGUUCUGGGGCUGCGGGUCUCCCCCGGCCCGACGCGGAUCCUGGUGCCCCCUGGCGGCGCGGGCGCGAACUGCGGCUUUCGGACAAAUGAGCUCAAGCCCGGCGUUUUCCCAGACUUCGCCAACAAGGAUUGGUGCCUACGGCAUGCAUGCCUCGGGCUGGGCGCGGGCUAGACAGAGGUGAUAAGAGGUUGCUCCUGCUCUGGGGACAGAAACAACAGGUACCCAACAAAGGGGGUGGUGGUGAAGGGUACAAGCUUAGCAAGGCGCACAAGGCCAUUUAUAAUCUGUCCAGCUAUGGCAAACCUCACAUGCCUGUAGACCCGACAGACAUUAGCCGAGCGUGCUAGAAAAUGCCUUGUUUCAGCGGGCAGGUAAAUGUUCCUCCAUAUCAGUAGUACUACCAAUGAGUGAGCUCAGUGGCAUCAGAGCUUCUGACUUCCAAAAGCACGGAGGAAACCCAGCCUUUUAAAAGGGGAGCCUGGGUGACUCAGUUAAGAAUCUCACUUCAGCUCAGGUUAUGAUC